UGUAUUUUAUUUUAUUCCUUGUGUUAUUGUUUUUAAGCUCUGCAUCGUUGGGAAGGGCUCUGAGCAAGUAUUUAAUGGUAAAGUCUAAAGCAGGUGUAUUAGGCGCAUGCGAGAAAUACAAUUUGAUUUGAUCAUACUAAUUUGAGUGUCGUGUAUUUAUGUUUACUGUUACCUCUAAUCUAUGAGACCAGGCUGGACUGCACAGCAGCCAUAUAAUCGCCCACGCCCUCCAUACUCUGGGACUGUAUCAGCCAAUGACUGUAUAUACGAAGGUAUCAGCACGCUAGGCUACUUCGCAUCUCCUUGCGGGAUAGCCUAUGCUGUAUCAGGACAGGACGUCACGGCUUUGACCUAGGGCAAAGAAGCACGAGUUACCCACUUCCAUCAGAAGUGUGCUCUUGAUAAGGCAUGCAAUGUGAAGAGCAUCUGAACGUACUUCAGUUUACCGGGCCGAGCACACACGAGCCAGCAGGUGCCAUGGAGUCGCAUCUCUCUGCCACCGCAUAUCUCGUCCUAGCAUUGGUCUCCACAACCUCUGGGUUCUUCUGGACUCCCCGGGGUCCUCAGAUGUACCCCUGCCUCACCUACAUGGAGCGCAACCUGCGGGUGGACUGUGAGUUCCCUGUGGAAGACAACCCUGCACACCUAGGCCCCUACUGCGAGUACAAGCAGGACAGCCGACUGGUGGGCAGCACCUACCCCAACGCUGUGUCCCUGGUGUCCACAGACAACCGGAGGAGGGCCAACGUGAGCCUGGUCAACCCCACAGUGUGUCGCCUCACCUGGGCUCCGAUGGCGGACGAUAAGCCCUACACCUACACCUGCAGGGUGUACCAGGGGUCUACCUGGAAGGAGAACAGCAUGGCUGUACACCAGCGAAUUCUUCCAAUCUGUUCAGCCCUCAGCGUGAUGUUCCAUACCGGGCUAUUUCUUCUGUCCCUUGUGAUGACACUUCCUGUAACUACGGGUCUCCUCUCUCCCUGACCUCCUUUCAAUGUACAGAUAGCUAGAUGUUAUUAAAUGUUUUUAAACAGAUUUUCAUAUCAUUAUUUUAGUUCACAAUAAUAACUACAAUUUACUGAGAUCAUAGACAUAGACAAUGUGUAAUUAGUGUGAAACAGUGGUAUGUUGGAGGCUGUGGCUCCAUAUUCACUGUUUUCUGACCACUUCAAUGAUCACUUCAAAAACUGAUCCAUCAGACUAGUUCUUAUUCUGUACUAUCUAUUCUCUAUACUUUAGACUUUGCUUUUGGAGUAUCAGGUGAGAAUCCUAUCAAAGAAUUUCUUUAUAUCAGUCAAACUUUCAGGACUUCCAGACUUUCACGCUCAUAUCAGCCCUUUGGCUCAGGGAUGCUAGUACUGGAAUGGAUGGUCAUAUCCUAAAGAGAUUCACAAUGGCUAUGUUUACCACAGGCAGACCAAUAGUGAUAUUUUUCCACUAAUCGUUUUUUUAAACAAUCAGAUUAGUUAAAAGCAGACUUUGUGUAAAGAUAUAUAUAAUUAUCCUUUAUUAUUUUACCCUAACACUACCACCCCUCCCCUAAUUGGAGUAAACUAGUGUUCAACAACACUUAGGCUUCUACUUCCAGUUUAUACAUACUAUAUACAUUUUACGGACACAGUAUAUUUUAUAAUAGUUAUAUUUUGUUUAUUUUUGUCCCAUCCUUCUGCUACCCUCAACUCCUCCCAUCUAUCUCUGAAGACCAUCCAGUUUUGAUUUUUUAUUUGCCAUAUCAUUUUAAACUGCUGUUUCACAAAAGUUCUGAACCUAUAUACAUUGUACGGACACAGUAUAUUUUACAAUAGUUAUCUUGUUAUUUUUAGUACAACCCUUCAGCUUCAUUUCAACCCCUCCCAUCUAUCUCUGAACACUCAGUUUUUUUGCAGAGUUAGCUCCAGGUAAAUGUUGCAAUUCUUCAGUACCAAAACAAAUUAUCUAAUGAUUCUAUCUCUUCACAGCAAAAUCUGCAGAGCUGGGAUGGUUGUAUAAUAAUUUAACUAAGUUUUGAAUCCAGCGUAAUUGUAUGUAUCAGUUCAUGAAUCAUGAAUUCAUUAGGCCUAUGGAUUUUACAUGUCUGGGCGGGUGCACAGCCUGCGAGGGCAUAGGCCCACCCACUUGGGAGCCAUGCCCAACCAAUCAGAGUACGUUUUUCUCCACAAAAGGGCUUUAUUACAGACAGAAAUACUCCUCAGUUUCAUCAGCUGUCCAGGUGGCUGGUCUCAGACGAUCACGCAGGUGAAGAAGCCGGAUGUGGAGGUCUUUGCUGGCGUGGUUAUACGUGGUGUGUGGCUAUGAGGCUAGUUGGAUGUACUGUCUAAUUCUCUAGAAUUACGUUGGAAGCGGCUUAUGGUAGAGAAAUGAACAUUAAAUUAUCUGUCAACAGCUCUGUUGUACAUCCUGCAGUCAGCAUGCCAAUUGCACACUCCUUCAAAACUUGAGACAUCUGUGGAAUUCUUUUGUGUGACAAAACUGCACAUUUUAGAGUGGCCUUUUAUUGUCCCCAGCACAAGGUGCACCUGUGUAAUGAUCAUGCUGUUUAAUCAGCUUCUUGAUAAUACACACCUGUCAAGUGGAUUGAUUAUCUUAGCAAAGGAGAAAUGCUCACUAAUAGGAAUGUAAACAAAUUUAUGCACAACAUUUGAGAGAAAUAAGUUUUUUGUGCAUAUGGGACAUAUUAGAUCUUUUAUUUCAGAUAAUGAAACAUGGGACAAACAUUUUACAUGUAUAUUUUAUAUUUUUGUUCAGUGUAUAUUGCACAGCUGUAUAUUUUUUGCUCUGUAAAUGAAACUGGUCUAGUUUUUUUAUUCAAUCACAAUUUUCAUUAACCAAUUUUGGUCUUUAAUGAAGGGGCGACAGACAAGUUUGCAAACACAGCCUUUGUGAAUCUCUUUAGGACAUGAUCACCCAUUCCCAUUGUAGCAUCCCUGUAGCAUUGACGAGAUAGUGGGGGGUGAAAAGUAAGGCCAACACUACCGUAUCAGAGUGUGUACUUGGCUCACAGCCCCUGAUUCUGGGGCACUUAAAGCUGCAAUAUUGUAUGUAACUUUUUGGGGGACCCAACCAAAUUCACAUAGAAACGAUUUCUAUGCUUCUCGUGCUUAAGUUUAUUUUUGUAUCUUUUACGUUUGGUUUUGUACACCAGCUAUAAAGAGCUGAUUAUACAUUAUUUUUGUACUUAAAAAAAGAAUCACAGUAUUUCAGAUGGUACAAUGAUUAUCAAUACUUGUUUUGGCACAUGAACUGAAAUUAGGGCAACUAUUAUAAUUUUAGUAACCAGGAAAUGACAGAGUGAUUUCUAAGGAUUUCCUCUGAAUUACCAUUAAGAUAAUGGAUGAAAUGGAAAUGAAAGUUGGAAGUUGACAAUCCCAUGCUAUUGAUUGGCUAAAAUAUUUACGUGUCAGGUGGUAUGUUGUAACUAUUCAAUAAUUGGUUAAUGAUCAACUCUUGCCUUUUAUUUCAAUCUCAAAGUAUUAAGAAACCUUUCAUAGACGCAAAGAAAUCUGAUGCUCUCUCUAGUUUGAAAGUUUUGUUUACAUUUUGUCAUUCCCACAUGUUCUUGUAGAUUUCAUACAGUAGAAGCUUGAGCUUAGCUAAAUUGUAUAUCAAAGGAAACAUUACUCUUAGUGAUAUCCCCUGUAUUGCAUAAUUACGGAUUGCUGAUUAGCCAUUGAAAGUUCAAGACAUGUCAUGACUGUGUUAAAUGUUUUGAUACUCAGCUUCACAUGGCACAUUAUUAGUUAUUGUAAUAAUGUAUUAAAUCCAUAGGCAACAAUUAUAUUCAACAUUUUGUAAUGUUAUUUUUUAGAAAAUUAUUAAGUGGAAUUGCUUACAGAUGUAUCUUGCCAAAAAUGAUUGAUCAAAUUGUACUUUCACUGCACCAUUGCAUUAUUUUGGAAAUAAUUAUAUAGAUUAUUACAAGUAAAAGUAUUUCAUAUGCUUUGCAGAUUAAAAAAUUACUGUAGCAAUUUUUUUAGGACUCAUCAUGGAGGUCAUUCUAGAUCUUUGUCCUCAAAAACCUCCAAUCACUGUGAAUGAGAUCAGAGUCUAGAAGACCACACUGAAAUUGAGGCUGUUUUAGGACAAGCACAAAUUAUAGAAAAGCUAUUGAGAUAAUAAGAUCAGGUGGUGAAUGAAUGAGAUAGUUAAUUUGAUUUACUACCAUAACUAACUAAAUGUUUCUGGACAAAAAAAUGAUUAACUGAAAUUAGCACUUGAAAUGGACCAGGGUCUCUGAUACACACUACCAUCACGUGUCCUGAUAGUAGUUAGUAAGUUGAUAGUUUGUUGAUGUUAGUUUUUAGUAUGUGCAGAAUGAAAGAACAUGUAGAUGGGUUAAAUAUGUCUUGUUGAUGAUGUCAUUAGCUGCUUUCCAUUCUCUUCCUUUUUCAUUCUAAUGCUCUUAUUGCUCCCACGCACAGCUCCCACUGGCACUGCACUGGCUAUUUGCACAUGCUUCAAGUGCCUAUGCUUUUUGAAUGCUGCUUUAUUGUUCAUAUCAGUAUCUGUGUCCUUGCAGACAAUUAUGCUUCUCUUACAUGGCACAUCUUACUUAGCACAUAUCCUGUGUGCUGUACCUUUUUGUUUUUGUCACCACGCACUGAAAUCUCAUUGUAGUUUGACUGCUUUGCAAAGUGGGAUUUGUGAAUGUGAUAUGUACACAUUAGUUUGCCAAACCAGUGUUUUCUCUCCUUUCUUUCUUGCCACUGAAUGUGUACAAAAUGCAAUAGCAAGAAAUAAAGGUA